CGUCUUCCCCCACACCGCUCCUGUGCGCUGAAUCCCCUGGCCCCGCCAAACAGCACCGAUGGCUACGGUUCCGGACAUCGAUAACAGAGACUUGGACGACAGCGCACUCUCUCCGGAACUGCCGGAGGACGACCCCAGGCUGCAGAUCAUCAAGGAGGAUCAGCAGUUCAACGACCAGCUCGCCAGCCACCUUUCCUCCAACUGGAAGCUCAAAGAUGCCGGCUUCGACUACCACAUCAUGGCGGUGCUGGGCUCGCAGAACUCGGGCAAAAGCACCCUUCUCAACCAAGUGUUUGGAACCAACUUUGAUGUCAUGAACGCUAAGCUGCGGCGCUCCCAGACGACCAAAGGUAUCUGGAUGAGCCGAGCCGAGCAGUCCAACGUCCUCGUCAUGGACGUUGAGGGAACUGACGGCGAUGCCCGCUGGGAGGACCAGGACUUUGAGCGCAAAUCGGCCCUGUUCUCGCUUGCGAUCUCGGAGGUUCUCUUGGUGAACAUGUGGGAAAACGUGGUGGCGCUCUACAACGGCGCCAACAUGGCGCUGCUCAAGAUCGUCUUCGAGGUCAAUUUGCAGCUGUUCCAGUCCAAGGGGUCCCCCAAGACCCUCCUUCUGUUUGUUAUUCGCGACUUUGACGGCGAAACCCCCAUGGAGACCCUCUCGGAGACCCUCAAGGGCAAUCUGAACCGAGCCUGGGCUGGACUCAACAAGCCCCCUGGCAAAGAAAACUCGACGAUCGAAGAAUUCUUCGACUUUGAGUUUGUCGGCCUUCCGCACAAGCGACACCGCGCUGCCGAUUUCGACAAGGAGGCACACGCUCUGCAGCAACGAUUCAUCGACAAGUCAAAUCCACAGUAUGUGUUCCAUCCACGGUAUCACAAGCACAUCCCCGCCGACGGCUUCCCGGAGUUUGCUCGCUCCAUCUGGUCGACGAUCCUCAGCAACAAGGACCUCGAUCUUCCGUCGCAGCGACAGCUCCUUGCCCAGUAUCGGUGCGAUGAGAUUGGCCGAGCUUGCUUCAACCAAUUCACGAGCCAGAUCGCCAAGUUCAAGACCGAUCUCGAAAGCGGCAAAGUUGUUGAAGGUCUGGGCCGAGAAGUCGAGGGCAAGGUCGAGGGCUCUCUUGAAACCUUCGACCAUGACGCCUCUCGCUACGACCGCGAGGUGUACAGCGCAAAGCGCGCAGAUUUCAUCAAGCGCAUCCACAGCAUCAUCGAGUCGUUCUUUGUCCAGCAGCUUCGGAAUGCCCACAAGAAAGCCCUCUCCGUCUUUACGACCUCGCUGGGCGAGCGAGCCAAGGGCGAGACAGGCAGCUUUGUCGCUAAGCUCACCCAAGCGCGCGAUGCCGCCGAGGUCUUCUUUAUGAAAACUCUGAGAGACGUCACGGUGUCUGGUCUCGAAUGGAGCACCGAUGAGUAUGUCAACCAAUUCAAGGAAGAGCUUGGCAGCCUGGUUUCGCAGAAGAAGCUGGAGGCUAUGGCAGCCAUCCAGCACAGCAUGGAGAAAAAGAUCAGCGAGGAGCUCUCUGACCAAGUUGCCGAGAUCUUUGACGAAUCGGCUCCGGACAUGUGGCGCAAGCUGUUCACCAAGUUCAGAAACCUGCUGGAGAGCCAGGCAGACAUCCUCCAAGAGAAAUAUUCCGGAUUCGAUUGCACCUCGGAGGAAAUCCAGGGCUUUGUGAACAAGCUCAAGGUCCAAGUCUACGAGAUCCUGCUGCGAACGAUCAAGUUGGAAACUACCGAUGACCUGAUCCUCAACAGGGCCAGAACCCGCUUUGAGAAAAAGUUCCGCUACGACGACCAGGGCCAGCCGCGCAUCUGGACGCCGCUGGAUGACAUUCAAAGCGUGUGCAAAGCCGCCAAAGACAAUGCGGAGUCGCUAUUCAGUCUAUACGCCGUCGUCGACUUUCCCGUGGCCGAAAUUGACAAUGAAAUCAUUGAAUCCGAGUCCUUCAGUGGCGAUAGCCUCAAGCUGCUGUCUAGCCGCCGAAAGAUCGAUUUGGUCAGCCGGCUGCAAGCACUUGUCGAUGCCCUGGUCGUCGAAGCCAAGCGCUCGAUUGUCUCCCAAACGACCUCGAUCCCGACCUGGUUUGUGGUCCUGACGAUCAUCCUUGGAUGGAACGAGUUCAUUGCCAUUUUGCGGAGCCCCAUCUUUUUCACGGUCACUGCACUGCUGAUUGGAGCGUCCUAUCUCACUUGGUAUCUCGGCAUGAGCGGCGUCGUGCUGAAGAUCAUGGGCAAUGUUGUCAAGGAUGUUGGCCACCAAGUCACCGACAAGCUCGAGGAGCACGGUGUGCAUUUGUCUGAUCUCAGCGAUACUCGCGGCCUUGUCAACACCGUUCAGACCCUCAUGACGCCGGCCCGCAACGCCACCGCUCCUGCCGUCGCCACUCCAUCGUCGCCUCCGCCUCGGUACCACACCCGCAUCAGCGAUGCAUCGGAGUAUGAGCUGCAGACUCCGACCAAGAAGUCCUCUGGUCUGUUCAAGCCCCUGACGGACGAGGACUCGGAUGAGCACCCCGAAGUUCACAUCUGAGGCACCGAGCUGCAUCUGCCCCUCUGGGUUGGUCCUCCUGCACUUGGUUCGUCGUUCGAGUACUUUCCCAUCGGACUGAGAAGACGAGAUGACGCCCGAGCGUGUCGAUGGAUUCCUCCUACUGCUCCAUAUGCGCCUUGGUCUGGUCAGCGAGCGAUGCUCCUGCGAUUUGGUUGGUUGAUGUUGUUUGUUUUUGUUUUUGAUCCGCCUUGGCCGUCCGGUGUCUAAGGAGAUAUGGUAAAUACAACCCGCUUGUCCGAACAGAA